ACUCUCUCUCGGGCGACUGCACUCUUUCCUUCUCCAAAAUCCAAUCUUUUUCGCUUCCAUGCAUUUGGCUCCAUAGUUCCCACUUCUCCAAACCUAUAUUUCUAAGCUCCUUUCUUUCAGUCACCAAGCCUUCACAUCAGAACCCAUCUGGGAAAGGGGAAAAAAAAUCACAUUUUUCUUUUUCUAAAGAGAAUCUGGCAGUGAUCCUGUCUAGUUUCUUUGGUCUCUUAGAAUUAACCACUAAAUAGAUUGGUAAGGGAAGCAAAGUACCUCUCUCUUUAUUUUCCAUCAGAAUACCUGCUUUGCUCUCUGCUACUCUCAAGAAUCCAAGAAACAGUGUGGGGAGUAGGAGGAAGUGGCUUCUUUCUCUUGAUCCUGUUGUGGUUCCAGAGGCGAUAAGAUGGUGGCCGAGAACGAAGUUUUACUCCUUUCCAUCUCGUGCCUUUUUAAUGCCUGAGGAGCCGUAGACACCCGCCAUUUACUGGGUUGCAUGAGGACACUCCGAAACAAUGAAAGAUGGGAGUUCGAAGAAAAGCAAGCUCUCAUGGUCCAAGGCCUUUGUCAGGAAAUGGUUCAACAUCAAGAGCAAAACUCAAGACUUCCAUUCAGAUGAUGUUGCUAGAGGGGGUGGUGAGGAAUGGAGGGGCAGCAUCACAGGGAUGGAAUCAUACUCUGUCAAGAAAAGCAAAUCAGAUAGAUUGUCCAAGAAGAAACCAGAUCAAGCUCGGCGAGGAAAGAUCGAUCUUGAUGCAGCUGAGGUCACUGAAACCCUGCAUUAUAGGAUCUUUGUUGCAACAUGGAACGUCGGUGGCAAAUCCCCACCCAGUAAUCUGAAUCUUGAUGACUGGCUCCACACCUCACCUGCUGCAGACAUAUAUGUUCUGGGAUUUCAGGAAAUCGUUCCUCUCAAUGCGGGAAAUGUUUUAGGAACAGAAGACAAUGGCCCUGCAAAGAAAUGGGUUGCUCUCAUCAGGAAGACGCUGAACAAUCUCGCAGGCAACAGCAGCAGCGGCAGCUUCCAAACACCCUCCCCUAUCCCCAACCCGGUCGUGGAGUUGGACGAUGACUUCGAAGGAACAUCCACAAGGCAGACAAACUUCUUCCAACGCCGUUCAUUCCAGUCCUUGAGUCGCAGCAUGAGAAUGGACGGAGACAUCUUGGCUCCACAGCCAAGACUAGAUCGUCGACACAGCGUCUGCGACCGAGUCAUGUUAGCAAACAGGCCAAGCGACUACGACCAGAAUUAUCGAUGGGGAGGGUCCUCCGAUGAUGAGAACAUCAGUGCGGAUUCGCCCUCCACGACGGCCUACUUCUCGCCCAUGUCGUAUGGCUUUGGAGCCUCUUCAUCGAUGGAGGCAGUACAGCCAAGAUAUUGUUUGGUGGCAAGCAAGCAGAUGGUGGGAAUAUUUCUUACCAUAUGGGUGAGAGGAGAGAUCAGAGAUGGCAUAAGGAACCUGAAGGUGUCCUGCGUUGGCAGGGGAUUAAUGGGCUAUCUUGGUAACAAGGGUUCAAUUUCGAUUAGCAUGUCUUUGCACCAAACAAGCUUCUGCUUCAUCUGCAGCCAUUUGACGUCUGGGCAGAAGGAUGGAGAUGAACUGCGUCGGAAUUCCGAUGUCAUGGAGAUUCUGAGGAAGACUAGAUUCCCUCCCGUUCAUGGGUUUCACGACGAGAGGUCACCCGAGACCAUCCUUGAGCACGAUCGCAUAAUCUGGCUCGGGGAUUUAAACUACCGCAUUUCUCUUUCGUAUCGAUCCGCAAAGGCGCUCGUCGAAAUGCGUAACUGGAAAGCUCUGCUGGAAAAAGAUCAGCUUCGGACCGAGCAAAGAUGUGGCCGCGUCUUUCAGGGUUGGAGCGAAGGAAGGAUUUAUUUCCCUCCUACCUACAAGUAUUCCAACAACUCGGACCGGUACACAGGAGAUGACAUGAACCUAAAGGAAAAGCGUCGAACACCUGCAUGGUGCGAUCGGAUCUUGUGGUACGGAAGAGGCCUCAGCCAACUCUCUUACGUUCGCGGCGAAUCCAAGCUCUCCGACCAUAGGCCGGUCUCUAGCAUCUUCGCAGCGGAGGUCGAGUCGAUCAAUCAUAGCCGAAUCCAGAACAUGGAUUGCGCUGGCUCUCAAGUCGACAUCGAUGAACUUCUGCAAUUCUCAAGUGGAUACACGGAGCUCAGCUUCUUCUGAAGAUCGCAGGCGUACAGGCUCUUCGAACAAGGCGUGCCUCGUCUCCGUUCAUAGUAAUUUCCUCGGAGCAAUCUCCCUGAUGAAAACGGAAGGGAUUUGCUCACAAAAGGCGGAUUGCAACAUCAAAGCUCAGCUGCAAUUUGCUGUUAUCUUCUGAACCAAAGCUUGAAAUACAUGAAUCCCGAUGGGCAAGAAGCAAACAGCAUGAGACGGUCGUCGUCGUCGUCGUCUUCCUUGAGAUGGAAUCUAAUGCUGGAGAGAGCUCAGUAAUCCAAACAAGUGCUUUUCCGACAGAGUAAUCAGUAGAAGAGAAGCUUUACCACAUAUCCCACAUUCUUUCGGUGGUCAGUGCAAGAAUGCCGACUGUAAACGACAGAGAGAGCUUGCAGGAGGGGCUGACCGAUACUGAUGUGUGCUCGCAGUGCAUCAUCAAACUCCACAGGUUAAAUUACCGAUACCUUCUUUUACUUUUUAUCAUUUUUUUUCUUGUCAGGAGCAAUGGAGAUUUUUGCAGUUGGGAGGGGAGGGGAGGUGGGAAAGGAGGAUACGAACAAUAAUAACGCUUGCGAUUCUUUUCAUGUUUUAUAUGUUGGGAAAGGGCAUGCAUCAUCUGCAUGGACACUCAUUGCACUGGGGAUAAAGAAAAGUAGACUCUCUCUCUCUCUCUCUCUCUCUCUC